AUGGAACAUUUUGCUUUUAACAAAAAGAACGCACCUAAACCCUGGAAUCAAAGGAUAUAUAUAAGCCGUUUGAACAAAGUCUUCGGAAUCGAAGAACCAAACAUCGAUCACACAUUAAAGCCGUGGCCAUGCAAACCCAGGAAGAGAAGCUGUCUAUCAUCAGCUGAUUUCGUCCUUGACUUACCUACGCUUAACUACUCUAAUGUUCCAGAAAUACUAGACUGGAGUUGUAAUGACUUUCUGGUGGCGGCACUCGGAAAUGGUUACCACAUGUGGGACUGGGGAAGCCAGACGGUUUCUGGUAAAGGCUAUUCCAUUCACAAUUUUAACUCCUGCAAGUUUGAUCCGCGAGGAGAACUACUCUUGCUAGGGACUGAUAUGAAAGAAAUUGAGGUGCAUGACAAUACGAUAAAUAAGCGCAUUUCGCUGGGGACUUGUGUCUGUCCCAAACGUGGCUGUACAAGGGGAAUGGUAGCGUCGUUCACUCGUAAAUCGGAAUUGAUAAGUCACUUCCGGAAAGUCCCGGGACGACGCGGCCUCGCGAUCCAUUCCGUCCGGAUAUCACCAGACGCCCAGUUCGCUGCCAUCACCACUCUGUACUCGAAAGAAGUUCUAAUAGUUACCUGGCCGUACCUGAAACCGUUUCAUGUCUUCGAGUUCGAAGACUCUUUUACUACGACUAUAACUUGGCACCCCUGGCGAAAUUGUCUCCUAGGGCGGGGCGCAGUGACCAAGUGUAAGCAGGCUCACGUGUCCAUGUGCUUUCCGCCCAGCGGGAAAAUCGAAGAGGCGGUUCUCCCCGGCAGCGGAUACAGCCUGGAUACAAUGUUGUUUAGUGACACUACUGGCGAACUCGCCAUUAGUCUUUACGAUAGAGAUAAGGGGCUGCUUCACCCAAAAUCCAGCUCUUCUUUAUUGGUUAUGAGUGAUAUGAAGACCGUAGUUGACUUAUGGAAGGACGAGGGCAGGAUUGAGCUCAAUCGGGUAGUGACCAUGAUUUUCAGUCCUGAUGGAACUAAGCUUGCGACAGCAACCUCUGGUGAGGACCUGAUCAUCUGGAACUUUCUUCCUGAAACCAAACAAAAGGAGAAACCGAGAAGAAAGUACAAUUUCUCUGCCAUACCUGUAUAUAUGGACGCAUUGACUCACAAACGCGUGUUACGUUGA